AUGGCACCGAGAGAGAGUAAAACUCCUUUUGUAUUAUUUUCAUUGGCAGUCACGGCAUGUUUUUGUAAUCCUUGCCUUUCACCAUUGCAACCAUCGCUUGUGGAAAAAGGAAACAAUAUUUUUAAAGAAGAUGUAUUUGAAAAAUUUGGAACUGGGUCAAAAAUAAGAUUAGAACCGAAUUGCAGGGACCAUUCAAACUAUGAAGAUUCUUCGAUACAGCAAUCAAUUCUUUUAUUAAUCAUGAAGGAUGAUUCAAUCCCAUUCAUACCAAUGAAGAAUCAAGUCUUUAUGGAAAACAGAAAUCGAUGA